AUGAAGCGAACAUAUGUUUUUAUUGCUAUCGCAAUCGCAACCCAAGCUUGUGACCAAGUUUGCCAAGAUAAAUGCACAAAACAAAAUAAAGGUUCAAGUUGCUAUGAAUUAUGCCAGUGCGAGUCCCCGCUGCCACCACCUUUAGAAGAAUUUGUUGCCAAAGGCAAUUCUUAUUCUUUACCUAAAAUUAAACAAGACGAAAAAUUGUGGGCUGAGCGCGAGCUCGGAUGCGACGUCACCUCUCUUGAAAUCUGCUUACAACUUGCACAAAAAGGCGAAGACAAAUAUCAGUGUGCAAUAUAUUCUGGCUGUGAAGACCUCCUUGUCGAACAAAAGAAAGGGCAAAUAAUUGAGGCUUUCUCAUAUGAUGCUGGUUGUACUGAAAACUGUGAGUUGUUGUGCAAUGAGGCAGAGGGUAAUCAAGAAUGUACAAUCAAUUGUCAGCAACGUUUUUGUGUAGCAGAAGAGGAACUUGCUGAGGAGGAGGAUGAGUUUGGCUGAUAUAUAGCCAUUCAGAUUCUGCUGAUCUUUCUGCUGGGGAUUAUAUUAUUGCUGGCAAUCAGAAAACAAAUCAUACACAGAGCCAUCAAACGGCGGUUUGGUAGACCUUUGCUUGUCAGCUAUUAA